AUGCUCGCCAGCAGGGUUGCAGCGCCCAGUGGCGCCGCCUGGUGCAGCACCCAGUGCGCACCGCACCACCGCUGCCGCCGCCACCAUGCCGCCACUGGCGGCAGCACGCCGCACGAGGCCGCCCAGGGCCCGCCCGAGCCGGCGCCUGCCCAGCAGCAGCAGCGGCGGGAGCAGCGCGAGCAGCGGCGAGAGGAGUUUGACAUUGUGUCAGGCACCCGCCUACCCCAGGCAGAGGGCCCCUCCUGCGACUGGCCCCGCCCAGAUCAGCGGCGGCGCUGGGAGGAGGCGGCUCUCAUGACCACUGGCUUCCCCGUCCCCGCGGGCUACGGCACAGCCAACCUGCCCCCCGCCGCCGGCAGCGGCAUGCUGUGGCGCCUGCGCAACCCGGAGCGCGACCCGCCGGCGGCCACCAGCCCCAGGGCGCCGGCCGCGGGGGCGGCGGCGCGGCGGCGGCCGGGGCCGCAGCCCGGCACACGGUCGGCGACCGACGGCGCCUCGGGGGCCCCGGGGCCUGCCACCCCUGUUGUCCCGGUCUUCCGCGCGGCUCCAUACUCGGCUGAGGCCGCCCGCCAGCGCCGCCCCUCCCCCACAGCCCGCAUCCUGUUUCUGGAUGACGGCUGCACGUGCCGCGCGCCGCUGGCGGUCGCCGUGCUGCAAGGCAUGCUCAGGUGCGGCAGCGGCGGCGCGGCGGUGCCGCUGCGGCUGGCACUGGCUCAGUCGCUGCAGUGCCCGCUGAUGGAUCCCACCAGCCAUCACGCGCUCAGCGCGCUGAUCCAUUGCCAGCUGGCGCCGGCCCAGCUGGCGCUGUGGCAGCAGCAGGGGCAGGGCGGGCAGGACAGCGAGGGCAGCGCGGCGGCCACGCGGCGCGGGCGGGGCGGCCUGGCCGCGGGCGUGGGCGGCACGCCCACCCCGCACGCCGUCGACUGGGCGGCACACGUCAGCGGCUGGCCGCGGCCCGUGUGGGUGGAGGAGGGGCCGGAGGAUGGCGAGGACGACGGCAGCGGCUCGGACGACCAGCGGCCGCUGUGGACGGUGCGGGAGGUGGCGGGGCAGGCGGUGGUGGUGCGCCGCCCGCGGCGCCAGCAGCCCGCGUCGCGCCGCGGCUACUGGAGCAGCUUUGAGAACGUGCAGCAGGAGCUCAGCAAGUGGAUGGAGGGGCAGGGGCUGCGCGGGCGUCUGCCCUCCCAGCAGGAGCUGCGCGGCAGCGGCGCCAACACGCUGUCGGCGCGGGUGGACAGCCACGGGGGCCUGUCGGUGUUUGCCGAGCGCAUGGGCCUGCCGCUGGCCUCUGGUCGCGCCGCCAACGGCCACUGGUCUGACUUUGGCCACCUGGCUGAGGAGCUGCGCUGGUAUGUGCAGCAGGCGGAGCAGCAGCAGGCGGAGCAGCGGCAGCGGCGGGAGGAGGAGGGGGAGGCGGCGGCGGCGGGCCCCGAGGCGGCAGCGGCGGCGGGGCCGGAGCAGGAGGCUGGCUGGGAGGCGGCGGCCGAGGGCGGCGACGGCGGCGCGCCCGACGCCGGCGACGGCGCCAGCCCGCGCACCAUGCGCUUUGCCAGCCGCAGCUGGAGCAGCGGCGGCGGCGGGCUGGAGCCGGGGCCCGCCUCUGCCGUCCUGCUGGGCGACGGCGGCAGCCACGAGGGCGGCGCAGGCGCAGGCGGCAGCCCAGGCGGCGGCAGCAGCGGCCUGGUGUUCAUGCCCACGCAGCAGGAGCUGCGGCUGGCGGGGCGCGCCGACCUGGUUGGCGCCAUCCGCCAGCACGGCGGCAGCCUGGCGGUGGCGCGCCGCCUGGGCUGGGCCGUGCGCCACGGCCGCCUGCCCAGCGAGGCCGCGGUGCUGGCCCAACUCAUGGACUUUGCGGAGCAGCGGCAGCAGCGGCAGCAGCAGCGGCGGCGGCGGGCGAGGCGGGGGCGCGGCGGCGGCGCGGCCGGCGGCGGCGCGCCACCCGCGCCCGCCGCCCUGGAAAUGCCCACCCUGCGUGAGCUGGAGGAGGGCGGGCGGGCGGACCUGGCUGGUGCGGUGGUGAGGCUGGGCGGGGUGCAGGUGUUUGCGUACCUGAUGCAAGCGGAGCAGCAGCGCCGGCAGCAGCGCCAGCGCCGGCCGCGGCAGGAGCCGCAGCAGGAGCAGGCGCAGCUGGGGCCCCGGUCGCAGCAGGCGCCUGCGCGGCACCGCCCCCACGCCUCCCACAUCCUCAGCUACGCGCUCGGCAGCAGCAGCGGCGGUGGCGGCCGGCGCCUGCCGCCGCCCGUGCCUCCGCAGCCGGCGGUGGUGCGUGUGGGGCAGGCGGUGGUACAGCUGAUUGAGGCGCGGGGCUGGGAGCGGCGCGUGCCCACCAAACAGGAGCUGGUGGCGGCGGGGCGGCGCGACCUGCAUGCUGCCAUCACGCGCUGCGGCGGCGCCCAGAAGCUGGCGGAGCACCUGCAGCUGCCGUACGCGGAGACGCGUGGGCGGCGCAAGCGCAGCCAGCUGGAGCAGCAGCAGGGGCAGCAGGGGGAGGUGGAGCUGGGGCUGCAGCCAGGCUUCCUGGCAGCCAGGCUGCGCGCGCCACCCGGCGGCCUGUACGAUCCGCAGCAGCAGCCCGCCGGCGGCGACGGCGGCGCGCCAGGCGCCGCCGCGCAGCCCCGGCGCGGCGUGCCGGCCGCGCAGCGGCCGCAGGGCCCCGCCAGCCGCCUGCUGGAGCGCGAGCUGGUUCUGGAGGCUUACACGGACACCACCUUUGUGUGA